CAGAGCAGCUGCUUCGGCCGGGGUGCUUGUCCAUUUGAGAAAAGAAGCUUUUAUUUUGUAGACUCUGGUCCAUGGAAAUGCUGUAAGAGAAAGCAGCAGAAGGAUAAACCGCUUCAAAUAAGGACUUUGGAGAAGACAGAUUAUCCUUCCCUGGGCUGGUAGUUCUGGUUGACUCACCGAGACGGUCAUGUAACCAACGGUGUCGGGGUCUGACCUUCCAUUCCAACUGCCAGCCGUUCAGUUGGAUUCUCAGUAAGAUCUCAAAGGUUUCAGGACGUCGCUGGACCCGUUGAGGUUUCAGUCAUGUUGCGUUGCGUUGUCCAGCGAGCUAAUAACCUGAGACACUCCCACCCUCUGGCCAGCGUCACGUUCAGAGGGUCCAAGAAGAAGACAAAGGUCAUCAAAAACAACCCCAAUCCUGUUUGGAAUGAGGGGUUUGAGUGGGACCUGAAGGGGACCCCCCUGGACUUCGGAGCAGAGGUGCACUGUGUCGUCAAAGACCAUGAGAAGAUGGGAAGAAACAGGUUUCUGGGGGAGUGUCGGCUGGCCCUCAGAGACGUCCUCAACUCUCCGAACCUGGCUGCGUCCUUCACCAUCUCCCUGGUGGACACCAAGAGGAACAACACAGGGGCCACGCUGACCCUGCAGGUCUCCUACAUCCCUCCUCCAGGGAUGGCUCCCAUCUACCAGCCUCCUCACCAGCCGGAAUCCCUGCCGCAUAACAACCCCGGCAUGGAGAUGGACACAGUCACAAUGAUUUCUCUGGACACGCUGGGGGAGGAGGACACGGAGAGCAUGAUCAUGGUGGAGCCCCCGGACGACCAAGGGGCCGACGAUGGGCGCUCCAUGGUGAUUAUUGGCCCCCAGGGGCCCCCCGGCCAGGAGUCCCCCACCGCCCAGACCCCCAAGCGCUCACCUCCGUCCUACAACACCCACGGUGGGCUGAGGAAGAGGAGGAGAGGAGGCAGCAGUCAUACCAAACAGCUGCCCAACAAGCCCCAGGACAUCCAGAUCCGCGUGCGGGUCAUCGAGGCGCGACAGUUACCAGGCAUCAACAUCAAACCUGUUGUCAAGGUGGCGGUGUCUGGUCAAAGUAAGAGGACACGGAUCAGAAAGGGCAACAACCCAGUCUUUGAUGAGACGUUCUUCCUGAACUUCUUCGAGACACCGUCAGACCUGUUCAAUGAACCAAUCUUCAUCACUGUGUGUGACUCUCGCUCGCUUAGAACCGACGCUGUGAUCGGCGAAUUCAAGCUGGAUGUGGGCGCCGUGUACAAUGAACACAGACACUGCUUCUUGAGGAAAUGGCUGCUGCUGUGUGACCCCGACGAUCUCUCCGCCGGGGUCCGAGGUUACCUGAAGGUCAGCUUAUUCGUGUUGGCCGCUGGAGACGAGCCACCGGCGGAUAAGCGAGAGUGCGUGGAGGAGAAGGAGGACAUCGAGGGGAACCUGCUGAGGCCAGCCGGCCUCUCGCUGAGAGGAGCAGUGUUCACGCUGAGGAUCUUCAGAGCCGAAGACCUGCCUCAGAUGGACGACGCCUUCAUGGAUGGGAUGAGGCAGAUUUUCGGGUUUGAUGCCAACAGGAAGAACUUGGUGGAUCCAAUGGUGGAGAUCCACUUUGCUGGAAAAACGGUCUGCACGAAGAUCAUGGAGAAGAAUGCGAGUCCCCAGUGGAACCAGAGCCUGGCCAUGCCCAUCCGGUUUCCCUCCAUGUGUGAGAAGAUGAGGAUCAGAAUUGUGGACUGGGAUAGAGCCAGUCACAACGACGUCAUCGGCACCACCCACCUCUGCAUGUCCAAGAUAUCUGCUCCAGGAGGAGAGAUCGACGAUGAUGUGACUCCUCGGAGCGUCCACUCUGGCAUGGACGACAGUCUGGGUUUCCUGCCGACGUUCGGCCCGUGCUUUGUCAACCUGUACGGCAGCCCCCGAGAGUUCACCGCCUUCCACGACCCCCACGAGACCCUGAACCUGGGAAAAGGGGAGGGCGUGGCCUACCGUGGGAGAGUUUUACUAGAAGUAACCACCAAACUGGUGGACAAGCCAGAGCAUAAAACGGACGACAUCCCAUCAGAUGAUCUGCUGGUGGUGGAGAAAUUUCUCCGGAAGAGGAAGUUCGCUCUCUUCGUGGCGUUUUACUCGGCCACGAUGCUUCAGGACAUCGACGAUGCCAUCCAGUUCGAGGUCAGCAUCGGUAACUACGGCAACAAGUUCGAUUACAGCUGCCUCCCUCUGGCCUCCACCACGCAGUUCAGCAGGGCCGUGUUCGAUGGCUGCCAGUACUACUACCUGCCAUGGGGAAACAUCAAGCCGGUGGUGGUUCUGUCCUCGGAGUGGGAAGACAUCCGACCGAGGAUCGAGGCUCUCAACAUGCUCCUGGCCGUCAUAGACAGACUGGAGUCAAACCUGCAACGCGUGCAGCUGGAGGUGAAGGCAGGCAGCGAUCUGGAGGAGGUGGAGGGCCGAGUGAUCGAGCUGUUGGAUCAGCUGGUCCAGGACUGCAGCCAGGAGCUCCCCUCCCUGGACCAGUGGCCAUGCGUUACACCUCUGGAUCGUGCGCUGAAGCACAUCCGUACCCUCCACCUGGAGCAGAUAAUCGCCGGGGCGACGGCACUCAAGAACGGUCCUGAAACGGAGCUGUCCUCGGUGCUGGAGCAGGCCGAGGACUGGGCCACCAGACUGAAGACCAUGGCUGAGGAGCCUCAGAACAGUCUUCCAGACAUAGUAAUCUGGAUGCUGCAGGGCGACCGUCGGGUGGCGUAUCACCGCAUCCCGGCGCACACCGUCCUCUUCUCCCAGGAGCACUGUGGGAAACACUGCGGACAGCUGCAGAACAUCUUCCUCAAGUUCCCUCAAGGCAGCGGCGCCGAGGCCAAACUCCCCGGCCAGCUGAGGGUCAAGGUGUGGUUCGGUCUGGCCACGGAGAGCAAACACUUCAACGAGUAUGGCGAAGGAACUCUGUCGGUGUUUGCUGAGACGUACGAGAACCAGACCCGGCUGGCUCUGGUGGGCAGCUGGGGGACGACGGGCCUGUCCUAUCCCAAGUUCAGUGAUGUCACCGGGAGAGUGAAGCUGCCCAAGGAGAGCUUCAAACCCUCGCCCGGCUGGUCCUGGGCCGGGGACUGGUUCAUCAGCCCCGAGAAGACGCUGCUGUUUGACGCCGACGCCGGUCACAUGGCCUUCACCGUGGAGGUGUUUGAAAACCAGAUGAGGCUGCCAGGCGGACAGUGGAUCGGCAUGCCGGAGGGAUACACCGACGUGAAUGGAGAGAAAGCGACGCCGAAGGACGAGGUGGAGUGUCCUCCAGGUUGGGUCUGGGAGGAGGUGGAGUGGAGUGAAGAUCUCAACAGAGCCGUGGAUGAUCAAGGGUGGGAGUACGGCAUCACCAUCCCCCCGGACCGCCGUCCCAAGUCCUGGGUGCCGUCAGAGAAGAUGUACCACACCAACCGCCGGCGACGGUGGAUUCGGAUGAGGCGACGGGACCAGCAGAAGAUGGAGGCUCUCAGGAAGCAGCGUCCGGAUGAGUCAGACCGGGAGGGCUGGGAGUACGCGUCUCUGUUCGGCUGGAGGUUCCACCUGAAGCCGCGGAAGACGGACAGCUUCAGGCGGCGCCGCUGGAGGUGCCGCAUGGAGCCGCUGGAGAAGACGGGACAGGCGGCCAUCUUUGCUCUGGAGUGCUCUCUGAGCAGCAUAGAAGACAAGCAGGAAGACAAGUCCAUCACAACUACGUUCGGAGUCAACAGACCGACCAUCUCCUGUUUCUUUGACCGUGGGACCCGCUACCACCUGCGCUGUUACCUGUAUCAGGCCAGAGACCUGACGGCCAUGGACUCGGACAGCUUCUCAGACCCCUACGCCUUCGUGUCGUUCCUCCACCAGUCCCAGAGGACGGUGACGGUCCGUAACUCCCUCAAUCCCACCUGGGACCAGACGCUCAUCUUCUACGAGGUCGAGGUCUUCGGGGACCCUGAGGUGACGAUGGCCAACCCUCCCAACGUGGUGGUGGAGCUCUACGACGAGGACACCUACGGAGCGGACGAGUUCCUGGGCCGCUGCGUGUGCCAGCCGUCCCUGACCCCGUCACCCCGCCUGGCCUGGUUCCCGGUCCGCAGGGGGGACAAGCGCGCCGGCGAGCUGCUGGCCGCCUUCGAGCUCAUACGCAGGGAAAAGCCAUCGAUUCAUCAUAUUCCAGGACAAGAUGGAGACUUCGUCAGCUCCACCAGCGUUCUAGAUGAGUUGAUGUUUCCAGGAUUCCUCUCUGAAAACCUGCAGCAAUGGCCGGAGGAGUCGGACCUCCCCUACCCGCCCCCCCAGAGGGAGCCCAACGUCUUCAUGGUUCCUCAAGGAAUCAAACCCGUCCUGCAGAGAACCGCCAUUGAGAUCCUGGCCUGGGGCGUUCGUAACCUGAAGAGCUUCCAGCUGGCCAGCAUUACGUCUCCCAGCCUGCAGGUGGAGUGCGGCGGCUGCGUGGUGCAGAGCUGCGUGAUCCGCAGCAUGAAGAAGAGGCCGAACUUCGACGUCAACACGCUGCUCCUUGAUGUGAGACUCCCCUGCGAAGAGCUCUACAUGCCUCCGAUUGUCAUCAAAGUCAUUGACAACCGGCAGUUUGGGAGGAAGCCGGUGGUCGGUCAGUGCACCAUCCAGUCGCUGGAGGAGUACCGCUGCAGCCAGCAGGAGGAUCGGGCCGAGGAGGAGGAGGGAGAACAGGAAGAAUGGAGACGUGAGACAUCCCGUUUAAGCUCUGGUGAGGUCUUCAUAGACAUUGAUGAUGAGCAGCCCCUCGUACCUGACCAGCUUGCAGAUGGAACCAGCUCCGCUAUCAUUAACCUCUCAGCCUCUUCUUCCAGCCUCCAUGGAGAAGAGUCCAUGGACUGGUGGAGCAAGUUCUAUGCGUCCACCGGAGAGAAGAACAAGUACGGGACGUAUCUGGAGCAAGGCCUCGAUACGCUUAAGGUGUACGACAAGGAGUUGGAGAAGGUGGAAGACUUUGCAGGUUUCUCAGACUUCUGUCAAACGUUCAAACUGUACCGAGGAAAGACCCAGGAUGAAGGAGACGACCCUUCGGUGGUGGGAGAGUUCAAGGGCAUGUUUAAGGUUUAUCCGCUUCCAGACGACCCGUCGGCCUCCUUACCCCACCGACGGUUCAGGAAACUUCCUCCUAACGGCAUCGAGGACUGUCUGGUCCGCGUCUACGUCAUCCAAGCUCGAGGACUGCAGCCCAAAGACUCCCAUGGAAAGUGUGACCCGUACGUGAAGAUCACGCUGGCGAAGAAGACCAUCAGUGACCACGAAGACUACGUCCCCUGUACGCUGGACCCUGUCUUUGGAAAGCUGUUCGAGCUGACCUGCUCCCUCCCGCUGGAGAAGGACCUGCGGGUGAUGCUGUACGACCACGACAUGCUGACCAAAGACGAGAAGAUCGGCGAGACCGUGAUCGACCUGGAGAACCGCUUCCUGUCCAAAUACGGCGCCAUGUGCGGCCUGCCCCGGUCCUACUGCGUGUCGGGGGUGAACCAGUGGCGACACCAGCUGACGCCCAGGCAGCUGCUCUGCAGAGUCUGCGAGCGGCAAAACCUGCAGAAGCCCGUGUUCGAAGAUGCCGCCAUCCGCUUCAGAGGGCAGCGCUACACAGCUGCAGACCUGGAGGACAAAAAUGCGUCUGUGCGUCACCUCGGUCCACUCAAGGAGCGAUUGUCCCUUCACAUCUUGAGGAAACUGGGACUGGUACCAGAACAUGUGGAGACCAGAGCGCUGUACAACCCACUGCAACCUGACAUAGAGCAGGGGCGUCUGAUGAUGUGGGUGGACAUCUUUCCCAAGUCUCUGGGACCACCCGGACCCCCGUUCAACAUCACGCCACGCAAGGCCAAGAAGUUCUUCCUGCGUUGCGUCAUCUGGAACACCAGUGAUGUCAUCCUGGACGACGUCAGCAUCAGCGGCGAGAGGAUGAGCGACAUCUACGUCAGAGGCUGGCUCGACGGACACGAACACAACAAGCAGAAGACCGACGUCCACUACCGCUCCCUGGGUGGCGAGGGCAACUUCAACUUCAGAUUCCUGUUUCCUUUCCACUACCUACCGGCGGAGCAGCUGUGCGUCGUGGAUAGAAAGGAACACUUCUGGAGCCUGGACAAGUCUGAGACCAAACUGGUGCCCAAGCUGACCGUCCAGAUCUGGGACAACGACAAGUUCUCCUUCGACGACUAUCUCGGUCACCUGGUCUUGGACCUGAACCACAUGCUGCGUCCCGCCAAGUCUCCAGAAAAAUGUAACCUGCAGAUGUUGAACCAGCCGGUGGACAAGCUGGUGUCUCUGUUCGAACAGAAAACCGUCAAAGGAUGGUGGCCGUGCGCCUGCAGCCAGAACGGAGAGAAGAUCAUCGCCGGGAAGGUGGAGAUGUCUCUGGAGAUCGUGUCGGAGCAGGAGCAGGAGGAGCGGCCGGCCGGCCUCGGCAGGGACGAGCCCAACAUGAACCCUCACCUGGAGGAGCCUCACCGUCCAGAGACGUCCUUCCUGUGGUUCUCCUCCCCGUACAAGACGCUCAAGUUCAUCCUCUGGAGACGAUUCAAAUGGGUUAUCAUCCUCUUCAUCAUCCUUUUCCUCAUCUUCCUGUUCCUGGGUGUCUUCCUCUACUCCUUCCCGAACUACGCUGCCAUGAAGAUGGUCGGGCCCUUUGGGCCGGCCAAGACGGCCGAGUGAUGGCGCCGUCAGGACGGAAGUUUGGGACGGAGCUUCAGGACUCCUCUCCUCCGGAGGCGAGGCUGAGACGAACUAGAGCAUUCUGGGAUUUCUGUACAGACGGACGAGCUCAGCGGCAGCCGUGUGUGUUUGUGUCCAUUUGUGCCUUUGCCAUGUUUUCACCCGGCCGCCGCCGUAUUACCAGAGCUCAGCAGGCGCCGUCCGCCCCCCCGCCACCUCUUUCAUGCCGCCUGCGCUCCUGCCGAGAUGAAGGACAGUCAAAACUCACCGCUGAGGCCGAUUCAAAGAUGGAGGUGCUGCUUGAUGUUUGUGCCGCCGACGGUUUCCCAGCAGGAGGCAUAAACGCCGGACAGACGUCAAAUGUCAAACUUCAUCACCCCAACAGUUUAUUCUGAGCUUGAAACAGGAUUGUAGUCCUUCUCUGUGACGUGUAUGAUAUCGUAUUGGUGUAAAAACUUGUAUCCUAGCGACCGCCGUAUGUGCGUUCACACUUGAUGCCUUCAGGUGUGGUGGGAUUUCUCAUCAUCCUCCUCUUCCUCGUCUCGCAGGGGUCAGGGGGUCAAGUCGGGGAUUUGCUGUCGCUGAUCUCGGAGCUGUGUGUGUGUGUGUGUGUGUGUGUGUGUGUGUGUGUGUGUGUGUGUGUGUGUGUGAUCUUCACGGUUAAAUGGAAACAUGGAAGGAUAACAACAUAAUUGAGUUAAAUCUUCAAAUCAAACCAUUUUUAAAAUUUUCUUUGAGAGUUUUUAUCUCGAACAUCUAAAACAGCUUUUUAACCUGUUUUGAGACACGACACAUUAUGUUAGAAUAAAUAAAUAAACCAAAACCUACAUGCAUGUUUUUGUCCCACCGUGUCCUCAGGACUGCCCCUCAUCAUAUAGACUGUUUUUGUUUUUUAACGUACAUCUCUGUUCUUAUGUUUCAAGCAGGUGAGUUUUAUCUGAAAACACAGAUAUGGAUUAAUGAAGUAAUAUCUCACGUUGGAAUCCAACCGUGAAGAUGAGACGUUGCCUUCAAGGGACAAUAAUUUAACACCAAAGUUACACCAGAUGUUUAGAGGGAGAUUUAUUUAUGUGUUGCGGGAAUUAGGACUUUCAGAGCUUUUUGAUUCUUGAACUGCGUCAUAAAUGUGAACCAGCCUUAAACAGCCUGCCGAUGGCGACGAGCUGGAGUCAGACAACUCCGCCGCUCCAGCUCUGUUCCCGUCAGCGAACGCAGCGUGCCUUCAGCCCUCAGCUGUGGAGCAGCAGCAGCCUCCACGUGAAAACACGGAUCCAAUUACGUUUAAAAGGUUUCAGUCAGUGUCAUUUUGGAUGUUUCAGCUGGAAACGGAACGCGCUCAUGAAACGCGAGAACGCCUCUGCCGUUGACUAAUAAAGUCCUGAUGCCGUUAAAGUGCAGGAAGCGGUAGCUGGUGGGGACUCUCUCUGGGGGAGGAUGUGUUUUUGCAUGAGCAACACCGAGUAUUUUCUGUUAUUGUUUCUGAUUUUGUGGGAAUGUGUUGUAAACGUGUGCUGGAUUAACAUCCAGCACAUAUUAGUGUAUGCACUGGACUUCAUCAGUAUUAUCAAUAAAACUGCAUUC